AUGGUGAGAAAGAGUAAGGGUCGUCAAAAGCUGCAGAUGGUUAAGAUACCUAGCGAAAGCCAUCUAAUGGUAACCUUCUCAAAACGUAGGUCAGGCAUUUUUAGGAAGGCUUCUGAACUCUCCACUCUUUGUGGUGCUGAAGUUGCCAUCGUAGUGUUCUCUCCUGGCAAAAAGGUCUUCUCUUUUGGCCACCCUUCUGUUGAAAAUGUCACUGAACGUUUCCUCUCUGGGAUCCAUCCCCAAAAUCCAAGCGCAUUUCAACGUAUUGAGGGUCAUCGCAAUGCUAUGGUCUGUCAACUCAACAUGCAGUUAACUCAGGUCCUUGAGCAACUGGAAAUAGAGAAGAAACGAGGCCAAGAGUUGGAUAGGUUGAGGAAAGACAGUCAGAUCCUGAACUGGUGGGAGAAUCCUAUUGGGGAACUUGACAUGGCUCAACUUGAACAAUUGAAGGCAUCUUUAGAGGAACUCAAGCAUGAUGUGGCUAGGCAAGCCGAGCGGAAUCUGAUUCAAAAUUCAAAACCUCCUCAGCCUUUAAUGACACAAAACACCAGUUCUAAUGGGAUUCUUCCUUUCGAUAACUGGAGAUCUGGGUUCAACACAAACAAUAUGGCCAUGGCUCCUCUCAACACAAACACAAACACAAACAUGACCAGUCCUCCCCUUCCUUACAACUCAAACAUGUCUGUGGCUCCUUAUGGCUAUAAUCCUGGAUAUGGAAAUGGGAAUCUUGGAUAUGGAAAUGGUAUUCUUGGAUAUGGAAAUGGGUUCUUCUAG